AUGAAGGAUCAGAAACGGAAAAAAAUACUGAAUGCAAUAGGUACAAUGCUUAUUUUUCUUAUUGCAGCGUGCAGAGGAAGUGGAGAAGCUUUUAAUGAGAAGACAUCCAGUGGUGUAGAUUCCGCAAAGGGAAAUAGCCCUGUUCGUGAUAUAGCAGAGCUGGAGAGGCAGAUACAGCAGUUUCUAAUGGAAGCCAGCGCAGCACGGCAGAGAGACAAAAGAAACAAUGCUGAUCACUCUGCUGUCGAUCUAUGCAUAGACGGCCAAACAAAGAGUAGACGCAGGUCUCUUAGAAAGAGGCAAAGCGCAGGCAAGCAGUCUGGAGAACAAGAGAGAACAGCAGACUCUCCUGUAGAUGAAAGUGCAUCUAGCACAGAAGAGGACAGUUCUGAAGAAGUUGCAGGAAAAAAAAGAAAAGCAGAUGCAAAAAAUGGUCCUGGUGCUAAAUCUACGUCCCAACCAAAGGUGCUAAAUAGUGAGGAAAAGAAGGCCAGAAAGGUAACAGGGUACAAAAUUGACAUAUGGAACAGCUUAAGACUCACAAAUAAGAGAAGAAUGUCCUACAAAGCACAGCACAAGACCGUGUACAGCAAUGAACACAGAGACUUUGACGAAUACAUGGCCCGGGAAAUAACGCAUGUUUACUACAAGGAGAAGAUCGAGAAAGACAUAAAAAACUUUUCUAAAAACGUGGCUACUCUAAUAGACCAGAAUGCGCUCUAUUUCUUUAUUGCCAGCAGAGCCAUAACUGUGGUUCCAAAGACUAGAGACCUUUUGUGGCUGAAGGAGCUAUUUGAGAAAGAUAGUGCAGAAGAUGAGGAGUAUAGGACAAUGCUGGAGAGUCUUGAGGGAUACUAUCCUGGCGUGUUUGGAGACAUGCUGGCAUACGUGGAAGAGCACAAGCCAAUGCGGACAUUCAAAAGGUUCCCUUUAACCGAGUGGGCUGAGACCUUGGGGGAUAUCUACGUUCAAAAAGCCCUGGAGAUAAACUCAAGCAUGAUACUAGAGCAGAACAAGAUCAGCAAAGUGGGCAGAAGGUACUAUGCUCUGUCCUAUGCUCUGAGCAUGAUUCUUGCGCUGCCUGAAGUGCACGAAGACCUUUUCAACAUCAGCCCAGCCUUUAUAGAGCGCACACAGAUCUCUUAUAACCCGAGAGUAAAUAAGCAGAGCCACAAUGUUCUGCUAGCUAUGCGCAACAUGGUGAAAGAAGCAGAAAACGAGAGCGAGAAAAUAGAAAAAGAAUACAGAAAUAUUUACAGCGCUCUUAAGAUUCUAUGCAAUAGAGAUGCACAGAAAGAGCCGACAGUGCCUGAGCUGUACAAGGACAUAUACACAGUCCUUGCAGAUUUCUACGAGAAAGCGGAAGUUUUUGACGAGAAGGAGUAUAUCCUGCUGGGGAAGAGCGCCAUAAAGCACCAAAAGUAUGCUAAGUGCAGCGCAACCUUUGAGUUGGCCCCAGGCAAGGAGGAUCCUAUAAAAGACUGCAAUUUUGAGCACUUAUUUGAGACGAACAAGUGGGACAUUGUGCCCAGCACAGAACCGCACUAUCACGUGUACUAUGUAGACAAUGGAACACACCAGUCCAGAAUGCUGGGCAUGCCCAUGUAUAGAGACGAGGAAGGAAAGGAGCACUAUCUGCACACGAUCAGUGACAUAGUAAGCCACGUGGAGAAGCUGUACGAAAUAGAGAAGAACUCUAAAACUAUAUACUCGUUUAAAGUAAAUAAAAAAACUAGAAAGUGGUCGUAUGUUAGAGAAGAGGAGAGAGGUCUGACGAUGAAAGACUUCGCAGGGUAUGAGAUGGUCUUUUAUCGCAUUAAGGAAAACAUAGCAAAAACAAGGUUUACAUUCGCAGAGUUUAGGCCGCUAAAGGGCUGUGAUAGGGACAGCAUUUGCAUACCGCUGUUCCUUACUCCUCUUAUGCGGUCGGCUGUGGAGAUAGGCCCUUUUCUCAUGAAAGACAUUCACAAUGUGAUAAGCUUGAUGGAGCUUGUGGAUGCAGCACCUGAUGUCUAUGAGUUCAAUAGCAGGUACAAAAAAAAGGAUGAGUGCAAGGAUAGUGAGGAUAAAGAUGAGGACAUGGAAAAGAACGGCUCUGAAGAUAGUGAAGAGCAUGAGAAUGGUGAAAAUAAUGACAGGUCUGAGAAAGACAGUAAGAUUGAGCAUGAAUAUUCAGACAUGUAUAGGUACUACAGCAACCUGUGCAUACUGCCGGAUGGCGAAAAGAAAGAGUCUCUCGACUGCUACAUCAUGGGCAGCGGAAAGCCUUCAAGAGUAGGGAACAGUGUUGUGCUUGAGUGGUAUGUGAGAAUGCCCAGCAGUGUGAACGAGUAUAUACACUGUCUGCCGAGUGAUGCUUUUAGAGAAAAAGAAAACUCAGAAAAGCUUAGUGCUUUUAUUGAAACACUGCAGUCAAGGGAGCACAGCAAGGACAGCAAACUGCAGAGCAUUUGGCUGGAAAGUAGGAGUGUGGAAGAUAACAGACUAAAUAUAUGUGUCAAAAACAUUUAUAUCUGGCAUGUGAACAUUGAGGGAAGUAAGGCGGAGAGCGCGAAGAAAAGUCAAAAAGACCGAGAAACAAUCAAAAAAUAUAUGAAAAAAUCAAAAGACAAGUUUUGGAGGGAGGAGCAGGCACAGAAAAUACUAAACACAUUAGCUGCAAGGAAUGAAAAAGAAAAACACGAAAAAAUAAUGAAGCUGCGCAAUGUUACGGUUAAAAAAAGCUUUGCAAAGAAGAGGAUAGAGAUCUUGACAAACCAGCUGCGCGAAACAAUGCUUAAGAAGCCAGACGAGCAGGCAGAGUUCAUAGUGCUCCGCAAUGUGAACUACAGCAAGUCCAAUCUGGGGGCACACAACGAGAUGCUUGAUGUUUUAGUAUCGUGGUAUAACAAUUAG